CUGGUUCACUUUAUCUUGGUUUAUAUGUGGAAAUGAAAGGGGUGUGGCAGCUCCAUCUCAGCAUUCCCCAGUUACGGCUGCAUGAAGACAGUUUACAUGAGGAAGAUAUUGACUCUUUAUCAUCACAUGGCUAUUUUUUUUGUCUCAAGGAAAUCAUGCUUUUGACCCUGCCUCUAGGGGAAACCUGUUGCUUAUCUCAGUUUCUCUCUUUCCUAAUGGAAUUUUGCUUCUUGCCCUUCAGGUGAACUGCUGCUAUAGCUCUUGCCAUCCUCCGGAUGUGUAGUAACACAGUCUGUCCCUGCUCCCAAGGAUGCCUGUCUCUUGCCUUCUGUAGGUAAUACCAGGCCGUUCUUUCUGUCCGUAUAGUGAUCUAGAUUUGCUCAGAUUGCAGAUUUGUGGAGGAUCAAUGAGACAUUUAGGGAUGAAAUGAUAACAUGUCAGUUUCUCUCUAGAGAAGCUUUAGUCUGAAUUGCCUUUAUCAGUCGUUUUCGGCAGGGACAAAAUGUAAUAGAUGCCCAUAGGAUCCCAGUUGCGUGGAUGUCUCUUGUUGAACUCCUAGAUCACUCGGCUUUGUUCAGUGCUUCUGAAACUGCACUUCCAACUUCAGUGGUCCUGUGAGGAUAUAUUGGGUCUCUUGGUGCCGUCACUUUUCCUUUCCAUCACCCAGAAAGUCUAGCAGAAACCCACAAGGGCUUUCUUGUAUUGCCUAUAGCUGCCCACAGGUCAAUCUCUGUUAAAAUGUGGUCUGCAGUAUCAGACCAGGAGUUGUUAGCCUGAAGAAACUUCUUUAUGAAGGCAAAAGAUCCUCCAUCUGAUUUCUCAACAUGAAAUCCUUGUGUAGAUGCUGAAAUAGGUAGUUUUGCAGUCAUUGAAGUUCUACUGGGAAUACCUGGGCUUGGAAAUUUCUUGCCUUCCUUUCUUUUGUUCAUUGCUAGAAGUAGUUUCUAUUAUAGAGUAAUUCCUAUUACAGAUUCUUCUGUCCUGGCUGUAAUUACAAUAUCAUUUUAAGGACGUUACCUUUUGGCAUCUGUUAAUGGUUAAAGGUUUAUUUUUAAAAACAAAAAAAUGUUUUAGUGAGCAACAACUGCCUAAACAUUAUCAAACCCAGAUAUUGGUUCAGGUAGAUUGAAUAGAUUUGCAGACAUAAAAUUGCUUUGAAUAUAUUUAUAUAGAUCUUUGAUCAGACAUGUGAUACUUGACAAUACAGAAUUCCUAGUGUUUUCACUUUGCCUUCAAUAAUUUUAAUCUAUUAUAUUCCUCCAUAAAUUCACUUCUAACUUUUUGGCUGAAACUGGGGCUCCUGGUGCCCUUCCCACUGAUCUGAACACAGAUGUGCAUUGCUCUGUCCUGUGGCACUUGGGAUUGAUGAACGAGAGCUUUGUGGUUCAGAGCAAAGCUUUGUAAGUACAACUCAGGCUAAAGCUUAGGAGACCCUGGUUUCCACCUAUCCAUCCCUCUACCCUCUUUAGGAUUUUUGCUAAGUUGCAAAAUCUCUGUAAAAGGGGGAUGCUACUCAACUGAUUGUCCGCAGAGAGAUGUGAGACUGUUGGCCAGAAAGCAUUAAUGUCACAUGCUUGCAAGGGAAGUAAAUAUUGUGUUGAGCCUGAAAAUAUGCAUGGGGAAAAAACAGUAGGGAGCACCUAGGAGGGCAGAGAUGGUCAGAAACCAGAAAUUGAGCUGAAGUGAGGCUGACAGGAAGGAAUUCCCUCCACCCGUGAGUCUGUUCUCAGCUCACAGGCGAUGGCACUGAAGUCCUACUUCACCCAUUCAUUAAAGAAAAUGGAGCAAAGACAAGAGCUCCUCUUCAGCUUCCAUGGUCUCCCUUGUGGAGAGAUACCUGAUCGGAAGUUAAUGAUCAAAAAGCUUAUCAGGGGCUUUUCAUCUAUAAAUUUAUAAGACAAAAGAGAAAUAAUAAAGCCAUUGGAUAAUUAGUAACUAGCCAGGGCCCGCCCGGUGCCACUGGUCUCAAACUACCCCAAGACCUGUACGCAGACUCAGGGAGACGAGAAGGAGACAAGGAUGAGGGGAAGGAAAUGUGUGGAAGGGAGAGAAAAAUUAGCCAGGAAGGCAACAAAAGGGGAGGACUGGCAGCAGAGACAAAACUGGGGAGAGAAGAGUGAAUAGGUCCAAAGAAUGAGGGAGAGAAAGGUAAGGGGAACAAAGGGGGCAAAAAGGUCUAACAGAGCUGGAAGAGGAGAAGAAAGAGAGACUGGCCCAAAAAGAAGACAAUUAUUGGGAGUGCUUUCCCCACCCAGGUAAGAGCUGAUCCAGUGAAUUUACCCCUGUUGGAUGCAGCAGUCACAGCUCCCAGUCCGCCAUCUUCCAUCUCCUAAGUAUUUAUGGCUGGGACCUCACCGAAUGCCACGGCUGGAUGCCACGUGGAGAACACUGAGCUGAGUAUGGAAUCUAUUCAAACACUGGGAAGGAGGGCGUAUUCCCUUGUGGAUUCCAGUCAAGUGUCUACUUUCCUGAUUUCUAUUCUCCUUAUAGUCUAUGGCAGUUUCAGGUCUCUUAACAUGGACUUUGAGAAUCAAGAUAAAGAGAAGGACAACAGCAGCACGGCUGGGUCUUUUAAUGGCAACAGCACCAAUAACAGUAAGGGUAUUCAAACCAUCGAUUCCACACAGGCGUUGUUCCUGCCCAUCGGAGCCUCUGUGUCUCUCCUCGUUAUGUUCUUCUUCUUCGACUCAGUUCAAGUUGUCUUCACCAUAUGCACAGCAGUCCUUGCAACAAUAGCGUUUGCUUUCCUUUUGCUCCCGAUGUGCCAGUACUUAACACGGCCUUGUUCACCUCAAAACAAGAUUUCCUUUGGCUGCUGCGGGCGUUUCACUGCUGCUGAGUUGCUUUCCUUUUCACUGUCUGUGAUGCUUGUGCUCAUCUGGGUCCUAACUGGCCACUGGCUCCUCAUGGAUGCUCUGGCUAUGGGCCUGUGUGUUGCAAUGAUAGCCUUUGUCCGGCUGCCGAGCCUGAAGGUUUCCUGCUUGCUGCUCUCUGGGUUACUAAUUUAUGAUGUCUUUUGGGUCUUUUUUUCUGCAUACAUCUUUAACAGCAACGUGAUGGUGAAAGUGGCCACACAACCUGCUGAUAAUCCCCUUGAUGUUCUGUCCCGGAAGCUUCACCUGGGACCAAACGUGGGUAGAGACGUUCCCCGUCUGUCGCUGCCCGGUAAACUUGUAUUUCCAAGUUCCACGGGCAGCCAUUUCUCUAUGCUGGGGAUCGGAGAUAUUGUCAUGCCAGGUCUUCUGCUCUGCUUCGUCCUGCGCUACGAUAACUACAAAAAACAAGCCAACAGCGAUUCCUGUGGUGCCCCAGGACCAGGGAACAUCUCUGGGCGUAUGCAGAAGGUCUCCUACUUUCACUGCACACUAAUUGGAUAUUUUGUAGGCCUAUUAACUGCAACAGUAGCCUCUCGUAUUCACCGGGCGGCCCAGCCUGCCCUCCUGUAUUUGGUACCUUUUACCUUAUUGCCGCUCCUCACCAUGGCAUAUUUAAAGGGCGAUCUACGUCGCAUGUGGUCUGAGCCUUUCCACUCCAAGUCCAGCAGCUCCCGUUUCCUGGAAGUAUGAUGGAACAGAUAGUGACCUGAACUUCUGCCUUGGUCCUUUUCACUUUAACUUGUGGCUUUGUCAUCUCCUGAAGCUGGACUGGCUGCCAGGUAUUGGGAAGGUACCGACUGCGGGACUUGUAUGAAAGAAUUGAAAGGAGGGGAAGGAAAAGAGCUGAGGUUCUGGAGCUCCGUCUGGUCGCCCCGCAGAUGUGGAACUGGGGACCCUUUGUGCAACUGCAGCCACUUUCCUCUUUUCCUCACUCUGACGGAUUAGUAGCAGACUGGUACCUACGUGAGUGAGGAAGAGACAGACUGGAAACUGAAAACGGCUUGAAGUCGUUCAAAAACUUGUGAACACUAAGAGAAAAAAAACAGUUAGGCAAACUGAAGCUUCUUCGGCAAACCCUCACAAACGUUGGGACCAGUUUCCUGUCGGACUUCAGUUUUGAAAAGAACUGAGACAGAAGCUCUUCUGUCACAAUAUUGGGGUUUUUUGGUUUCGUUUUGUUUUUUAUUAAAUAUUUCCUGUGGUGUGAGGUUACUUAUUAAAUCCACAGACAUUGAGUGACUUCUUGCAGUAUACACAUAAAAAUUUGUUGUAACAAGUUACAUUUCCACGCGGAUGUCAUGUUGCAGUGAAAAAGGGCACGAUUUUUAUACAUAUAUAUAUACACACACAUAUAGAUAUAUAUAUGAAUAAAUAAAGAGGAAAACCUGCUAAGAUCAUGCUGUGUAGCAGACAGGGGCUUGCUGUAAUUUUUAGCAUGUAGAGCAGUUUACUCUGGCUUUCUUGUAUAUGAAUCUACAACGAGCUGCUGUUUUUUCUCCCCCCUCCUGAAACCGAACCUGCAGUUUCAAGACAGAUGUAGUGUUUGUACGACUGUGCUCAUGGACUCCAGGGGACAUUUGAUUUUGAUCAAUGUAGCAAACUAGGAAAGAACGAUGCAACCUGACCCUGUUUGUUGGGGGGGGAUGGGAAGGGUGUCUUUUUUUUUUUUUUUUUUUGGUCUUUUCUUCUUUUUUACAAAGAGCUCCCUUGCAGGUUUUUAGUAGUUCCUUCCUGACCCGGUGCAUGUAUUAUAGCAGCAGUUGUCUUUGUGCUUUCUGAUCAUAGUAAUGUAUCACUUGUAAAUACAUUUUUUUCUAUUUUCUA